AGAGAGAGAGAGACUGCAGCAUACUGCAUUGCAAUCACACUAGAGCACAUGAGAAUCUGCCCACAAAAGCACACGUGUGCAUCCAUUCAGCCGUCGCAUCCUCCGCAGCACGAUGUUUGCGAGUGCGUGAGCUCAUUCAAAGAGGGUAACUUGUGUCGUUAGGUGUCUAAAAAUCUGCUGUCCCCCCCAACAUACACGCACAUCAGCGACUCCUCCCACUCCUACGAACCCGCCAUCCACCCACAUCGACAGCAGGAUGGUGAAGAGAUUUAGCACUCAAACCUGAGCUUCGCCCCUGACGUGGACGCAAGCAGGCGAAGAUGCAGCUUUCGGUUCUCAUGUGGCUUGAAGGAUUAUAAUGCAGUGAUUGUUUUACAGGAAACAGCCCUCUCUGAAGGAUUCUGUAGAAGCUCAAGUGCUUUUAAGUGGGUGUCUUGCGUGUGUAUGUGUGCCGGUUGUUUUCUCUGAGUCGUUGGACUGACGCACGGAUACUGCAGCAGAACUGCAGGGGCCUGGACACUAAUCUGGAGGACAUGAGGACCCAGUGGAUCCCCCACCCCUGAGCUCCAGACCCCACUGCUGCUGCACAUUCUGCUGAGGUGCUGCUCUCUCCUCUGCUCUGGACAUUUUUGGGAUGUGUGUGUGCUGGUGGUGCAGCUGAGCAGAGCUCCCAGAGGCCGAUAGGAUGCUGACUGCUCGAGAUGGAGCUCGAGAUGAAGCUCAGAAGCUGCACAGGAAAUGGAUGAAGCACCAGGCCUUCAUGGCCGAACUGGCCCGUAACAAAGAAUGGCUCGCCAAGAUCGAACAGGAGGGUGAGGAGCUGAUUCAGGAACAGCCUGAGUUGCGAUCGGUGGUGGAGAUGAAGUUGAAGGAAAUCAGAGAGUGCUGGUCUCACCUGGAGAACACCACCAAAGUCAAGGCCCGCCAGCUGUUUGAAACGCAGAACCACCGCACUACCGACCUGCCCACUAACACCCUCAGCGACCUGGACCAGCAUCUCACCGCCAUACAGGAGCAGCCGCCCACACUAGGCUCCACCCACAUCACCCAACCCACCCUCCUUCAGCCACGCCCCACUUUCAGCCAGCAACUCCAAAGGAUACAAUCAAUGGAAGCCCAGAUGCAGCUUUAUCAAGGUGUUGGUGAAGUCAGGGCUGGUGCUGAUCACCGGAGACCAGAAGGAGAAGAGCUAGGAGGUGUGACGGAGACACGGAUUGUGCGUCUUAUCGAGCCUCUGAAGGAAAGGAGGCGGAUCAUUCUCGCCUCAAAAGAGAUGCACCAAGUCACCCAGGACCUGGAGGAUGAGAUUGUAUGGAUUCAGGAUCGGUUACUCUUGGCCUCAUCUACAGAAUAUGGGACCAAUCUGCAGAAUGUCCAACAUUUAAUCAUGAACCAUAAGGCACUGCAGAUGGAGAUACAGGCUCAGAGGGGGCGGGUUGAGGAGGUGCUGGAAAGGGCGGAGGCCAUUGCUGCCCUGCGGACCCCAGAGGUGGAGCUUGUGCGUGAGGGGGCGGGGCACAUGAGGCAGCUGUGGGAGGUGCUUCAGGUAGAGAUGGAACGACGUACAGUGAUGCUGGAUGCCGUGAACCAUGCCCAGCAGUACUACACCCAGGCAGCGAAGGUUGAGUCUUGGCUCAGUGGACAGAAACUUCAGGUUCUCAAUGAGGAGAAAGGAAAUGAUGAGGCCAGCACUUUUAGGUUACUGAAAGAGCAGUUGGCAUUAGAGCAAACAGUGGAGAAUUAUGCAGAGACCGUGAGCUCACUGUCCCAGCAGUGCCGUCGCAUGCUUGAGCUGGGACAUCCUGACAGUGAGCAAAUCACCAAACAGCAGGCUCAUAUAGACCGGCUAUAUGUAUCUCUAAAAGACCUGGUGGAACAGAGGAAAACAAAGCUGGAGCAGCAAUACUGGCUGUAUCAGCUGAAGCGAGAGGUAGAGGCGCUGGAGAAAUGGAUCUCUGAGAGGGAGGCUGUCGCCAGCUCCACUGACCUCGGCCAGGACCUCGAGCAUGUCACGGAUCUGCAGGGCAGCUUUACUCAGUUCUUCACUGAGACACGUGCAGUCGGCCAGAAACAGAUGGAUUCGGUCAAUAAGAUGGUGAAUGAGAUGAUUGACUGCAGUCACUCUGAUGCUGCCACCAUUGCAGAGUGGAAAGAUGGGCUGAAUGAGUCCUGGGCGGAUCUUCUGGAGCUCAUGGAGACCAGAGCGCAGAUGCUUGCAGCAUCGUACCAGCUACACAAGUUCUUCAACGACUGUCAGGAGGUGCUGGUCCAGAUCGAGGGAAAGAUGAGACAGCUGCCAGAGGUGAGGUCAUGUCAGAUGAGCUCGGCCAACCCUGGCACACUACAUAGACUCCUGCACUCUUUUGAGCACUCCCUGCAGCUGCUGGUCUCACAGGUACGCCAACUGCAAGAAAACGCAGUUCAGCUGCGUGCAAUUUAUGCCGGAGAGAAGGCAGAUGCCAUAUUGUCCCGUGAGCAGGAGGUGAUGCAGGCCUGGAAAGAGCUCCUUGUUGCAUGUGAGGGCAGCCGUGUGCAGGUCACCACAGUAACCGAUAAGAUCCAGUUCUUCGCUGUUGUGCGGGAACUGAGCAUGUGGAUGGAUGGAAUAAUGGGACAGAUUGGCUUAACUGAUGAUGCCAGGGACCUCUCUGUGCUGGAUGGCAUGAUGUCCCAACAUCAGAAUCUGAAGAGUAAAAUAGAAAACAAGAGCAAGAACUUUGUGCAUUGUGUGGAGAUGGGAAAAAUGCUGCUAGCUGCACGCAACCCUGCAGCUGAAGAGGUAAAGGAGAAGCUGGAGUAUAUAAUGGCAAAGCAGAAAGAUCUGAAUGAGCGAUGGGAACAGCACUGGGAGAAGCUUCAGCAAGCCCAGCAGAGGCUGCAGUCCAACCAGCCGGGAUCAGUGGAGAAGUCCUGGCUCACAAUCAAGGAACCAAUCACUCCAAAUACCCGUGAGGGAGGUGGUGGGACAGACGAUGUGGAGGAGCUGAUUCGCCGGCAUGAAGCAUUCCGGAAGGCUGCAUCCACGUGGAAGGAUCAUUUCAGCUCGUUACGUCAGGCAGAGAAAUUGAAGGAGGAACUGAACAAGCAGCCUUCUACCUCCUCUCUCCUCAGCAGGCAAAUGUUCCCUCUCUCCUGUCUCGUGCCCAGCUCCUCUUCCUCAUCCUCAUCCUCCUCUCUCUUCCGUAACCCUCUUCAGGACUCACUUCUGGAGUCCAAGUCCGGGCUGGACCUCAUGCACACCACAGAACAAACCGUGGCGAACACACUCGCUCAGCGGCUCGGAUCCUCUCUGAAUCCUUACACACCCGUCAUGAACGGCUCCUCGUACCACGGGAUGAACCAGUCAUCAGGGGGUGUGGAGGGUCUUUCCUACCUAAAACAACAAAGUGUUUCAGGGUUGGAUAAUUCUAGCUAUCAGGGGUUAAACCAACAAGUUGGUGUCUUGGGGGUGAACAGCUCCAGCUACACUGGACUUAACCAACAGGGUGUUUUAGGAGAAGACAGCUCCAGCUACCACAGCCUGAACCAUUUAGGUGCUGUGGGGGUGGGAGGGGAUCCCAAAAUAGGAUAUGCUUGGCAGCACCUGAAAGCUGACUGCUUUCAGCCCAAAAUCAACCACAUUCACAAAGCUGUUCCACCUUUACUAGAGGCGCACCGAGCCCAGCUCGCCGGUGGAGCAGCAAACAUGCCAGCUCCUCCUACGGGCCUGGACCCCUCCCUAGAGAUGAUUCACAGCCGGUUACAGAGAGACCCCCGCGGGAGCCGAUCUGACCCGCAAAUGGAUCACUUGAGGCGGGAGAGAGAGUACCGGCUUGGCCGACAGACCUCCAGCGAGCAGGAGAUCCAGGCCAGACUUAACGAGCUCCCGCUGAUUGUAAGGCAGGAACGCUACCGUCGAAGAAUGGAGAGACAGUCAUCUAGUGAGCAGGAGGGCAACGGUAGGCAGAGAGUACAGAAACAUGACUCCAGCGAUGCAGAAUCUGGGAAAGAGCCAUCUGACAAGAGACCAUCUGGGGAGAAGCGUUCCACUAUGGCUGAGAUUGUUGAGCAAGCGCAGGAGAAAGAAGCUUGUCAAGCGAGGGGAGAUAUGUACAGACCCCCCAGCAGUCUCUCUGCACCAGUGAGUCGUCUGGAUCGCCCUCGAGCUCGAGACCGCCCCAAACCACGAAGAAGACCUCGUCCAAAAGAGCCUGAGGAGCCACGGAGGUCCCGUUCUGCACCUGCUCAGAGCGUCCCAUCCACAUCUCAGCCUCCUACUCACACCGUUGAACAUGAGGGCUUCCUGUACAGGAAACACGAAGAGGAGGGGAAAGAGAGAAGCCCAAAUAGCAAGUCGUGGGUAAAUCUGUUCUGCGUGCUCAAACAAGGGGAGAUCGGUUUCUACAAGGAUUCCCGACACAAAACAACACCCUACAAUGAUGAGCCACUUCUCAACUUGGCCAUCUGUGAAUUUGACACUACCAACGGAUACAAAAAGAAGAAGAAUGUCUUCAUUCUCAGGACCACUGCUGAAGGGGACUACAUCUUCCUGGCUAAGGAUGAGGAGGAUCUGAAAGGUUGGGUCAACAGCAUCAACGCUAGCCUGAAGGAGAUUGAAGAAAUCGCCAAGUGGGAGAAAGCCACAAACUCCUCCACCGACCCCGACAAAUCAGAGCGGAAGGAGCGUUCUGAAGGGGCGGAGCCAUCUGAGGGGGCGGAGAGAUCAGAGAGGUCAGAGAAGUCUGAGCGUUCAGACCGAUCGGAUAAAAUAGAGGCAUCGGACAAAAGCUCAGAAAAGAGGGACACAUCUGAAAAGGAGAGAGGAGGUAGAGCUGAAAGAGGAGAGAGGGGCGAACGAGGAGACCGGGGUUCCAGGGGUUCCAGCACUUCGGGAAAGAGCAAAUGACUCAUCUCUCCACACCUUUAUUUACACAUCCAUCCCUCCAUCUUUCCAGAAAGAGGACAGGACUUGCAUUUCUCUGUCUCUGUCGCUCUGUUUUUCCUGACAGCCUGAUUUUCAGGACCGACGUGUUUGAUGUUCCUUGAAUUUGUCGAUGUGCGUCUGUGUGCGUGUGCCAAUGUGUUGAAGAGAUUGUCUGUGAAAGAAUAUGAAAUGAACAGUAUAAGGCCGAAUCCCAGCAUCAGAGGGCCAGUUCAGCCGCCCUGCUCGACUCACAGAAAAGGCACUUUAGAUUAUUGAGGAUGACUAUAGCCCUUAAUAUUUUAGAAGCGUUUUCUCGAAGCAAUAUACUGUAUGUAGUAACCGAUUUAAGCUGCUCUGCUCUUCCAAGCGAGUGUGAGAGAGAGAGAGAGAGAAAGUGACAGAGAAGUCUUUCAGAGAGAAAUCUGGUGCGCUAGUAGGGUAGUAGUAUUUCCUCCUGAUUGAUAUCCUUGCACAGCCCCACACAAGCAUACGCACAUGCACUGUGCAUCAUGGGAAAAUGUUUGGUAUGGAACACCAUUCUCUCACUCAAGGCCGUACACGUCUUCCACCUGCUGCUUGUAGUAAUGGUUUUAAUCAUCAGUACUGUGGUCAGUCCAAAUUACACUCGAUGAAGUGACUCGAUCACAAAAUGUGAAUAUAAUGUGGCAGUGUGUGUGUGUGUGUUUGAAUACAGCUCCAUCCAGAAGGAGAUCAGAUGUAAUAUGUAUAAUCUCAUUGAUCGUAUUUAUUAGGUUAUCAUGAUACAAAUUUAAAGAGUGAUAUUAUUGUUCCCUGAGCUAAAAUGAAGUACGAUCAAACACCUCCAUACAUGUACAAAUAUGCUGCUUUUUAUCAUCUCUGCCCCCUUACAUCACUCUUUGAUUGUAAAAUGAUUAGUACACACAAAAUAGGGUGUCUGUGAUUUUGUCAUGCUAUAAAGAAAAAGACUGUAUAUAUAUUUGUAUAUAUACUAGUAAACGAGAUUUACUUCUGAGCUGCAGUGUCUAAUUAAAAAAAAUAUAAUUUUUAUCGACGUAUGAAAAUGUAACAAGUAAAAAAACAAAGAGUUAUUUAAAAUGCCCCUGGCUGAAUUCAGACAAUAAACGUGUGUGUUAGCCGCCUUUUCCAGGACCUCUUGUAUACGGAAAUGCAACUUUUACAGUUUACGGUUUUGUUUUGUUUUGGCCAGAGCAAAAGAUCAGGAUCCUUGUAAAAAGAAAUCACCGUUAAACCCUCAUCAGAGACUGUUUUGUGUUAGUUUAAAGAAAACUGUCUCUCGACAGCUGUUGUGAUUCCUAUGAUCAAGACAAUGAUUUUCCCCUUCAGAUAUAUAGGUGCAAAUUAUAUUUACACAGAUAUAAAAAUGUCCAGAAACCAGAAUCAUUCAUUUAAAAGAAAAACUCAGUUUGUCUGUUUUGAAGGUGUUUUUCCACUUGUUUGUAAUGAUGGCCUAAUGCUUUAAUUUACAUUGUAAAUCAGAUUGGUGAGGUCAAGCUUUUCCUGUCUAGCUCUGUUUUCACCGCACAAACGUGUUCUUCUGAGUUCAAACCCUGACUGGCCUCAUUGUCUAUGCAACAGCAAAUUUCAGCGCCAUACAAAACCCAGUUUCUGAAAUUGAGAUUAAACCAUGUGGAAACUAGUCCUUAUAUAAUAAUCACAUUUGUAAUAAUCCAACACAAACCUACAAAUCUCGUCUUGGAAGAUCAAUAAAAUUAAGACUCGUCUAAUGUGUCCCUUUUUUUCUCACUGUGGAUGCCUUAUGAAUGCAUGUAAUAAGGAGAUGUGGACACCAGCUCCAUUAUUGUAUUCGUAUGUUCGGAAUAAAACACUCAUGACAAAAAACAUUGCUUACAGACACACUUGACCUCUGAUCGGCUCCAGUAAAACAUGCAAUAUUUGAAUUUUAAAAACUGAGCUGAUGGAGUGCACUUGCUUUCAGAAAUAAGUGAGUUCCUGCUGUCACAUAAGACAGAACACAUACCCUAUGAAGACAGAAAACAGUCGCACACCCUUCAGUCAGGCUUAGGGUCAAAACUGCUACUGAGUGGAUGUGUGUUUGGUCAUUGUCACAGAAACUGCAUAACUAGAGACUAAGCUUGUUUUGCACUGCGUAUCGGUGUCUGAUAAAUGUGACUGAGGUUGAAUGAACGUCUGUUGCUGUGUAUGUCUCUGUCUUACCUUUGGUGAAGCAACCUCACUCCUAACAACCAGUCUACCAACUCUCCCCUCCCAAAGCAUUAAAUAACAAUUUGGACUUAUUUGACUUAACCUUUUGACUCUUCUACAUAUCAACAUUUGUUUCAGAGUGACCUUGACAAUGGCCUGCCUGCAAAAAGCACAAUUUCUCCCUGAACAACAGUCUGGAGUAUUAGAAAAGAGCAUGGUUCCUGCAUUUCUUAAAGCUGCCACACGAGUUCAGUGUUGCAAAGGUUAAAUUUUUUUUUUAUCUGAACUCUUCCAUUUACCGUUUAUGUUUUUCUCUGAUUUCUUUAUUUUUUAGAUCACGUGGUCAUUUUUUGCUUUGCUAAACCUUGCUUUGUUUCUCUCCAGCUUGACCUCACCAGUAAGGAUUUAAAUUUAAAUUCAUUGCUGAAAGAAUGGAGAAAAAAGCCCUAAAACGUAUGGAGUGUGUGGGUUGCCCUCCUUUAUUUGAAGUCAGUUGUUUCACAUGUGAAAUUAAAGAAAACAAUAUUAAGUUGCAUGAAAGAGAAUAUAGAGGUGAUUUCUAUGCAACAGCUGUGCAUGUUUAUCAAAAGGGUUUGAAUCUUCAGCAAAGCACUGAGUUUGGAUGAUGAUGAUGAUAGAGAUGAAGAUGGAGAAAUGAGUGGAAUGAGCAGAUCACUUGUAUAGCUGAAAUGAGACAUUAAAUCAUUUAUGUACUGAUAUCUGCACUAAUUCAUAAAUACAGGUUGUAUAUAUCA